CUGAAAAUACCGCUGGGUUCGGCCGACACGUCCCUCAAAACCUUGACGACUUGGCGUGGAAUGACCCUGGUAUCGUUUCUGAAUCCAUGAGUUUUGGAGAAGAACAGUGUGCAAUCACAAGGAAAGAAAGAGUGGAUCAAUGGGGUGGUAAUGGAAUGGAUAUCGAUGAAUAUCCUGAUGAAGAUGUGAGCAAAGACUGCGACAGUAUUGAUAAUGUUAUUGACAAGUGUGAGGGAGUCCUAAAUCAAGAUGUGUGUAUUUAUUGUCAAGUUUAAAUUUUGACGGGUGGCACAUCGACAAGAUUGGUACCACUGCCAUUGGUAGUCCCCUCAGCCACAACUUCACACUUCUAUUCUUUCUCCACACGCUUACACAAUAAUCAAAUUGACUUCGUGACUCCUAGGAUUUCUUGAAAUCGUAUUUUUUUAGCCUACAUGCCCUUAGCGUGUCUUGUAUGUUUGGUUCAAACAUUCAAGUCUGUUUUGAUACUUUAUAUUCGCGUUGGUUUAUCUUUGUUGUCAGAAUAUUGUCUCGGUGCAAACAUAAAUUGCCAGUGGAGUGCCGCUUGAAUUUGUUCAUAUAUCGUAAAUCCUCAAGUUUUGUGGAUUGCAGCAUGCUGAGAUGUCAGAAGAUGAAUUAAUGCAGUUCUUGGAGAAUUGGAAUGCACCCAAACCUCCCCCGGCAGCCAUCGCUUUUGAGAGAGGACCUCAAAGCUAUUAUUGUCCACCAGUUCAAGUUCAUGAUGCUACUGAAGCAGAAGGACAGCAAAGCAGCCAAACUCGACACAACUUAUAUGCUCCAUGUGUUUUGAUACUGACAUCACUGGAUCGGAUCCUUUAGGCCAGGGUUUGAUAUGGCCCUUCAGCUCCUGGGGGGCUACUUCAUCGGACAUAUUGACUAUCGCCAUGCAUACAAAAGUCGACAAAAGUCUGCUCCGGUUCUUGGAGACAAGGAUGAAUGAGGAGUUGUCGAAACAAACCCUGCAAGUACGAGCCCCAGUUGUAAUAAGAAUUCAUCGCUGUAUUGGCACGAUUUCGGAAAACACUUGCGAAUACUUCAACUCUUUUAUAUGGACCACAGCUGUCUGCCAAUUUCUAAAGGCCAAGGGAGUUUUCUGGACACCUAUGAAGGAAGCCUUGCAUCCCACUUUUGAAUGCCCCAUUAAAAAGGGACACUAUGAAGUAAUAAACAGUACAACAAACGUUGAUCAAAUGGGAGAAAUAUUGGGGGCUAGUUUGGAAAAAUUCGUUUGGAAGGGCGUGCUGGAACUAUUCAACGAACGUAGUGAAAUGGGUGUGUGCAUCCUCAUCCACAGCGAGUUCCGCCGUAUCCUAAAAGUAUACAACGCUCGCAAAACGGAACACGGGGGCAUUUCGAAGGUAAGACUAUUUCUCAUGGAUCCUAUGUCGGUUUUCUCGUCGGGAGAGGCGGCAAGGGGGGGAGUAGCCCCUCAGUGUCAUGGCGGUAUCUCCACGCGAUCCCUCCUGGGUGGGAGCAGCACUGCAUGGUGUGGGUUGCGCUACAAGUACGCUUAAAUUGCUUGCUUCCCAGCUAAGGCGCCAAACGCGUAGAGCGGCGUAGGCAUGUGCAUGCUAGUGAAAUGAACAUGUGAUAAACGCUUUUAUCUUUGCAUGGCUUGAGCGCGACAGCGAAGAAGGAGAUGGAGAGAGGACGACUAACCAGUGGCCAGCUGGGGGAGCAGGACCAGGACCAAAUUGGACGGAGAGAAGGAAGGGGCGCAAACAUGACGGCAACAGGUACCGUCAACGGGGGUACUUCGGACACUUUUUCACGUUUUUUGAACGCCAGAGGCAAGAUUCUCAACCCAGAC